UUGCUUUCACUUCCUCUCUGUUUCGGUUUAUCCCCUUUUCCUUAUACUCCUGACUUAUAUCUAGAAUACAUGUUCCAAAUACACCUGCGGUUAUGCAAAAACGCUGCAAAUCAGUUUUCGCAGUGUCGCUCCACGAGCUUUAUGCGUCAACGCACGCCACUCUCUACCCAUGUCACUAGACACUGGUACUCUAGUCAACUAGAUCGUAAGCCUCUCUUCGAUAAGAUCUUGAUUGCCAACAGAGGUGAGAUUGCCCUGCGUGUCAUGCGCACUGCCAAGGAUUUGGGCAUCAAGACCGUCGCAGUGUAUAGCGAAGCCGAUGCCUAUGCACAGCACGUGAAAAUGGCUGACGAAGCCUUCUUGAUUGGCCCUGCUGCUUCUGCUCAAAGUUAUCUGUGCAUCGAUAAAAUUCUUGAAGUUGCAAGAUUGAGUGGUUCCCAAGCUAUUCACCCUGGUUAUGGUUUCCUUUCUGAAAACGCCGAAUUUGCUGAUCGCGUCAAAGCUGCCCAGAUCGCCUUUAUUGGUCCCUCUGGUGACGCUAUGCGAUCCAUGGGUUCCAAGAGUGAAUCAAAGUAUAUCAUGGAAGACGCAGGUGUUCCGGUUGUUCCAGGCUACCACGGCGAAAAUCAGGAUGUUGGUUUCUUGAAGGAUCAAGCCGAUAAGAUUGGAUACCCAGUGUUGAUCAAGGCGAUCAAGGGAGGCGGAGGCAAGGGUAUGCGUAUUGUGCGUUCGCCAAGCGAGUUUGAAGAAAUGCUGGAAUCGUCAAAGAGAGAAUCUAUCAAGUCCUUUGGCGAUGAUAAGGUCCUCGUUGAGAAGUAUUUGGAACGUCCUCGCCACGUCGAAGUUCAGGUGUUUGCCGACAAGUAUGACAAUGUCGUUCAUUUGUUUGAACGUGAUUGUUCGGUGCAAAGACGUCAUCAAAAAGUGAUUGAAGAAGCGCCUGCUCCUGGUUUGUCCGAGGAAAUCCGUGCUGAAUUGGGUGCCAAAGCCGUUGCUGCUGCUCGUGCUGUCGGUUACGAAAACGCCGGCACUGUCGAAUUCAUCAUGGACAACGUGGACAAGCAGUUUUACUUUAUGGAAAUGAACACACGUUUGCAGGUCGAACAUCCAGUCACGGAAAUGGUCACAAACACCGAUUUGGUGCAUUGGCAGUUGGAGGUUGCGGCUGGUAAUCCUUUGCCCAUGUCACAAGAUCAACUCCGCCUGACAGGACACGCAUUUGAAGCUCGUGUAUAUGCGGAAAAGCCUAGAAACCAUUUCCUUCCCGAUACCGGUCCACUUUUCAGCGUUCGUACGCCUGCUGUGUCACCUGAUGUACGACUAGAAACUGGUUUUAUCCAAGGUGAUCAGAUCAGUGUGCACUAUGACCCCAUGAUUGCCAAAUUGGUGGUGCAUGGUGAAGACCGCAACGAUGCCUUGCGUCGCUUCCGCAGAGCAUUGGAGCAAUAUCAGAUUGUUGGCUUGGAAACCAACAUCGGCUUCAUUAAAACCGUAGCUGAACAUCCCGAAUUUAUCAAAGGUCAGGUGGAGACUGGGUUUAUCCAGCAAUAUGAGAAAGACCUGUUGAAGGCACCUGAUGCGCCCAACGCGACCACUUUGGCAUUGGCUGCGGACGCACUCCGUCUGCGAGAAAUUGCGCAAUAUAAAAAUAACCCUAAAGAUCCUUAUUCACCAUGGAGCAACCUUCACCAAUCUUUCCGCUUGAAUUCUGUGGAUAAACGUACUUUCCAAAUGUCUGCUCAAGAUAAGGAAUACAAGGUUCUCGUUUCUACCAAUAACGCCAGCGGCAAGACCGAUUUUGAGAUCGUCGAUACCUCGAGCGGUGAAAGUGUGAAGAAGUUCACGGAUGUUGAAAGCCAUCUUGACGAAGAAGGUUUGCUUAUUUCGAACAUCGAUAACAAGCAAAUCAAGAGCAACGUGGUUGUCCACCAAGAUGAAGUUGUUGUGUUCGACGAGGCUGGUCGAACCGAGUUGAAAUUGCCGAUACCUGCAUAUGUCACAGGCAGUGGAGCUGGAGCUGAAGCUGCAGGCUCUGUGAAGACCCCUAUGCCUUGCAAGAUUUCUCAAGUUUUGGUGAAGCCCGGUCAAAAGAUCGAGAAAGACAUGGCUCUCAUUGUCCUGGAGGCAAUGAAGAUGGAGCACGUCAUUAAAGCUCCCAUGGCCGGUACGAUCGAUCAAGUUCUGUACAACGUUGGUGACCUGGUUGAGGAGAAUAAGAGUUUGGUGACCUUUGCCGAUAAAGAAUAAUAAUUGAUACUAUAAUAAAUCCCUUUGACACAUCCUUUUAGACGAAAAAGAUAAAGAUAAAGAAAAAACCAU